UGGCUCAUGCUGAUUUUACAUUACAAGGGCAGGCCAAAUAGUUGCGCCAGAGAUGUGUGGCCAACAAAGCCUAAAAUAUUUACCAUCUGGCCUUUACAGAAAAGUUUGCCCACCCAUGGCUUAGAAGAAGUCUUCAGGGAGAGGAAGGGAUGGGUGGUGAUGUGGGAGGAGGCAGAGCCAAGUCACUAGAACUGCACUGAACUAAGAGGAAGCCAUGGAGGGUUCGUGGGUGUAUAGAGAGCAGGAAGGCCAGUCUGAGGCGGCACCAACGCCCUUAAGCAGAUUAGUCUGGGCACAGCCUCUGAGAAGUCUCUCAGCUCUCUAUGUCUUCCGACGGCACCAGGAUCGUACCCAGUGCGUGGUUCACUCGCGGCGGAUGUGACUGCCUCCAGACCCCUGAGCGACCGGAAAUGGUAAAGGGCGGGAAGAGUGGGAAGCACACGGAGGCUGCCUCCAAGUCAAGAGAGAAGUGGCCAGGAGCAAGGGCGUGUGGAACCAGGGUAUGAACCCGAGGUUUAGGAGGAUGAAGAUGAGACGCUACAAGCUCUUUCUCGUGUUCUGUAUGGCCGGUCUCUGCCUCAUCUCCUUCCUACACUUCUUUAAGACCCUGUCCUAUGUCACCUUUCCGCGGGAACUGGCCUCCCUCAGCCCUAACCUCGUGUCAAGCUUCUUCUGGAACAAUGCCCCUGUCACCCCCCAGGCCAGCCCCGAGCCGGGGGGCCCUGGCCUGCUGCGAACCCCGCUGUACUCUCACUCGCCCCUGCUCCAGCCGCUGUCCCCCAGCAGGGCGACCGAGGAGCUCCAUCGGGUGGACUUCGUGCUGCCCGAGGACACCACCGAGUAUUUCGUGCGCACCAAAGCCGGCGGCGUGUGUUUCAAACCAGGUACCAAGAUGCUGGAGAAGCCGCCCUCGGGGCGGCCAGAGGAGAAGCCUGAGGGCGCUGACGGCUCCUCGGGAGCCCGGGGUCCGGCACGGCGCCCCCCGCGGCACGUGCUGAGUGCCCGGGAGCACGCGGGCAGCAGCCGGGGUGCACGGCGCAAGUGGGUGGAGUGCGUGUGCCUCCCGGGCUGGCACGGGCCCAGCUGCGGAGUGCCCACCGUGGUGCAGUACUCCAACCUGCCCACCAAGGAGCGCCUGGUGCCCAGGGAGGUGCCGCGGCGGGUCAUCAACGCCAUCAACAUCAACCACGAGUUCGACCUGCUCGAUGUGCGCUUCCACGAGCUGGGCGACGUGGUGGACGCCUUCGUGGUGUGCGAGUCCAACUUCACGGCUUACGGGGAGCCGCGGCCGCUCAAGUUCCGCGAGAUGCUGACCAACGGCACCUUCGAGUACAUCCGCCACAAGGUGCUCUACGUCUUCCUGGACCACUUCCCGCCCGGGGGCCGGCAGGACGGCUGGAUUGCUGACGACUACCUGCGGACUUUCCUGACCCAGGACGGGGUCUCGCGCCUGCGCAACCUUCGGCCAGACGACGUCUUCAUCAUCGAUGAUGCCGACGAGAUCCCUGCACGCGACGGUGUGCUCUUCCUCAAGCUCUAUGAUGGCUGGACGGAGCCCUUCGCCUUCCACAUGCGCAAGUCGCUCUACGGCUUCUUCUGGAAGCAGCCGGGCACCCUGGAGGUGGUGUCUGGCUGCACGGUGGAUAUGCUGCAGGCCGUGUACGGGCUGGAUGGCAUCCGCCUGCGCCGCCGCCAAUACUACACCAUGCCCAACUUCCGCCAAUACGAAAACCGCACGGGCCACAUCCUGGUGCAGUGGUCACUGGGCAGCCCCCUGCACUUUGCUGGCUGGCAUUGCUCCUGGUGCUUCACGCCCGAGGGCAUCUACUUCAAACUAGUGUCCGCCCAGAACGGUGACUUUCCCCGCUGGGGUGACUAUGAGGACAAGCGGGACCUCAAUUACAUCCGGAGCUUGAUCCGAACCGGCGGCUGGUUUGAUGGCACACAACAGGAGUACCCACCCGCAGACCCCAGUGAGCACAUGUAUGCCCCCAAGUACCUGCUCAAGAACUACGACCAGUUCCGUUACCUGCUGGACAACCCCUACCAGGCGCCCAAGAGCACUGCGGUGGGCGGGCGCAGGAACAAGGGCACUGAGGGCCGGCCACCCGCAGCCAGGGACAAACUGGACACGGUUGAAGGCUGAGGCUGCGGGAUCUCCAGGGUCCCUGGCCCGGUGGGGUGGUGGCUACCCUUGGCAUUACCUUUAGCCUCUUCCUGCCGGAGGAUCUUGAGAGACCAGGCCUGGGUGGGUGGGCUCGGGUGGGCUUUUCCCUACUCAAGCCCUUAUGAAUCAAGGAUUAGGUUUUUCAGCUAAACAAAACAAAACAAAACAAAACAAAACACCUCCCUUGCUGCCAAGAGAAGGGAGCAAGCCCAGACAUCUAUGCAGCCCUUUUGCUACCAAGAGUGCUGUGGCCAGGAGGUGCCACUGGAGAGUGCUCCAUGGGUCCUGGGAGCCGGGAGGGGAGGGGGAGGGAAGGAAGCCUGUUUGACCUCCAGGGUCACCCUGCGGGGCUGCGACUGGUGGAGGGAAGUCUACUUUGGCAUCUCAGGGCUCUGGACCUGCACUGGGGAGGGGCCAUGUCAGGUCUGGCUCUGCAAUAGAUGCAUUUGGGUGAGGGAGUAAGGGGAUCACCUAGCAGGGAAGGGGUGCUGCUGGACACCUUGUGGUGCCCUCAGAAGUGCUGGCUCAGAGGGGGAGGAAGCCUCACCCACUGCCCUACAGGAUGUCACCCAGCUGGGAGGACGGUGCCCGAGGCUGUCAGGCUUCUGUCCCUUGUAAGCUGACAAAGGCAUGAGGCAAACCCUGGGGAUGCCUCCUUCUGGUUUCAAAACUGGCCUUGACGUUCCUUUUUACUGUACAUUGCUGUUGUGUGGGCUGCGUGCCCAACCGCUUGCAGGAGUCAGUCCUCAGGGUGUGGUGGACGCUGGAGACUGUAUGGACAGCCAGUGUGGCAGGUGUGCCCUGGGGCAUGGGGAGGCGAAGAUGGACUUGAGACCCUUCAUCAUUCUGCCUCUCCCUUCCUGUCGCCCCCUGUGGCCAGCACCCACCACCCCAAGCUCACCACGACCCCAGGAGGAAUCACUUAGGCCGCUCCUUGGGGCUGGGAAGGGGCCAGGAAGGAGCCACGAGGCUCUCCUAGGCCCAAGAAGGGACAUUAAGGCCAGUUAUAUGUCAACCCAUUCCUCUUAGUUUGCCUUGUGGGGGUAAGGAAUGUAAUUUGUUGGAGUAGAUUCUAAGCUGCUGUAAUUAAGAGACCGUGAAAUACGGAGGUUUGUGUAAGACAGAAGCUUGUUCUAAUUAAAUUGUCUAGAGGGAGGUGAUCUAGAACUAGUAGGGCAGCUCUACUUCCCUUCAUUCACACCUUCCAAUUUUGGAUACAGAGUGUCUGCUCCAGCCACUUACGCAUCCCAAACCAGAGAAAGGCAAGGAAGUGCACACCCUUUCUUGUUGUGGCCUGAGCUAGAAAUGGCACAAUUACUUCUGAUGGCUUCUUAUUGGCCAGAACUUAAGUCACAUGGUCAUAUAAAUAUAGCUGCAAGGGAAACUGGGAAACUGCCUUGUGCCAGACCUCAACUUGGGAGAUCUAUCAGUGAAGAAGAGGGUGGAUGAGGGGAAUAAGCAGACUUCUGGGGGAGGGGUAGAAAUGGCUGCUAUAGUUGUACGAUCCUGCUCUUGCUCCUCUCCCUGUCUGCCCAGGGCCGGAUGCUGUGGCAGUGGCAGGUGUGUGACCAGGAGAGAAUGCCCCUCCCUGUUUUCCCCCAGACAUUCCCUGCAAGGCCAGUGUGCGGAGGCUGCCUGUGGAAUGGUCCAUUUCUAUGAGUGUGUGCGUGUAUAUUUAUGGGCAUGGGUGCAUGCUUGGUGUGUAUUUGUACAUGUCUGUAUCUAUGUGUCCCUGUACAUAGAUGCCUGCCUGUGGGAUUAGGAGCCCCGGCCCAGGUGUCCUUUUUCCCAGGUCUUAGAGCCUACUUCCCAAGGUGACUGAGGCAAGAAGCCACUGGGGAGCCUAGAAAGCAAGAUGAAAAGGGACGCAGGGUCUGUCUGUCUGUCUGUCUUUCAGUCUGAGGAAUGAGAAUCCUCCCACCCUGAGGCUGUGCCACUGAGAGUCCUCUACCUUCUCAGCCCCUUUGGGCCCCAGCUUUGUCCCCCCUCCCCCAGCUCCAACGGGACUUUUUCUGAGGGUCUCAUUGGGGAGAUUCCUGAUGGGUCAAGAGAGCUGGAGGAUGUGUCUGGUGCAGGCGUGAUGGGAGCUGGCCUUAGAGCAGCUGCAGUGGGCAGGCCUGAAGCAGGGAAGGAAGACAGAGAGGCUCAGGGCUACCAGGGUUUAGACCCAGCGGGGAGGGAGGAGGGGCACAUUGUGAGGUGGAAGAGUUUCCCAUAUAACCAGAGCAUACACUGGGAAGUGGGGAUGGGGUGCCAGGGCCACUCCCCCACAUGAAGGAAAACCAAACUGAAUGUGAACACUGGCACACUGCCGCCCUGUCACCGUAUCCAGAUGUCUUUCCUGGGAACCUCUAGCCCCAAGGAGGCCUGUCCAUGCCAAGCAUCCAGCUGGCCUCAUCCAAAUAUGGUCACAUCAGUUCCAGGGUGGGCACAGGAGAGCCUUGGGGACAGAGGUGAGAGUCAGCGUGGGGACAUGGGACUUGCCCACGCAGAAGGCAGGGCCCUGUGAAAUGUAUAAUUUAAGGACACAGAUGAUAAUAGCAUUAUUUUUUUUGUAAAGGAAAAUCAAUAUGUACAUUCUGAAAUCAUUUUCUCUGUAAAUGGUUGGAUUUCAUUUCACCCUUAAAGGGAUGCUUAAAGGAGAAGAUAAUAUUAAUAAUAAAAACAGCUGUGAAGUCUGA